GACCACCUCCAAUGGAAGAAAGCGGGGCGGAGACCAAGAGGAAUCACCUGACCGGCGUGAAGUUAUUAUUUAUUUUUAUAAUUUCUUCACAUUCCACCAACUCCCUUCACAUCUUCGCUCGACGCCAUUUCGACUCCCGGAGUGGGGGGGGGUGUGUGAGGUGAAAAAGCUAAGAAUAAUUCCCGGCCUUUAGCUGGUGAACGAAAGUGUGGGAUUUGGUCGGAGGCCUCGACUGUUAGGAUGUUCCAGGGGCUGGCGGAGGGGCGACUGCUACGGGCUUCGAGCUGAAGAAACGCCGCGGCCUGAUUGCGGCCCACCUCCAGAAGGCUAUUUCUCACUUCUUUUUCCUUCUGUGAACCCAGCCAUGCCCUUCUUCGCCGUUAACCCCUUCGACCAGGAUGUCGAAAAAGUCACAAAUGAACACAACACCAGUGAAGACUGGACUCUUAUCAUGGAUAUCUGCGAUCGUGUUGGGACUACACCAAAUGGGCCAAAAGAUUGUUUGAAGGCUAUUAUGAAGAGAGUAAAUCACAAAAAUCCUCAUGUGGCAAUGAAGGCCUUAACGUUACUAGGUGCUUGUGUCUCAAACUGUGGGAAGAUCUUCCACUUAGAAAUAUGUUCUCGUGAUUUCACAAGUGAAGUUGGAAAUUUAUUAAGUGCAUAUAAUAAGGCUCAUCCAAAAGUAUGUGAAAAGCUGAAGGCAUUAUUGGUGGAAUGGGUGGAAGAGUUUCAAAAGGAUCCCCAGCUCAGUCUUAUUGCUGCUACCAUCAAAGCACUUAAAGAAGAUGGUGUCUCCUUUCCUUCAAUGAGCUCACAGAGCCAGAGCACUUCAAAUUCAUCUAAAGACAGUGUAACAGGAGUAAGUAGAAGUACUGAAGAUGUUGACCUAGCUAAAGCUAUUGAGCUUUCUUUGCAGGAGCAGAAACAGCAACAGACGGAAACUAAGUCCCUGUACCCAUCAACAGAAAGUGCUGCAAAUAGCCACAGAAGUGAAGUACGCAUGGUUCGUGCCCUGUAUGACUUUGAGGCUGUGGAAGACAAUGAGCUUACUUUUAAAGCUGGAGAAAUUAUCACCAUUUUAGAUGACAGUGACCCCAACUGGUGGAGAGGCGAGACGAAAAGAGGAGUUGGACUUUUUCCAUCGAAUUUUGUAUCAACCAGUCUGAGUGCAGAGCCUGAGCCAGAGAAGGUUGUCGUGACGGAGGAGACGUCUGUACAAGAUAUUCAGCCUUCCGAGCCUGAGCCAGUUUAUAUAGAUGAGGAAAAGAUGGACCAGGUUUUGCAGUUGCUACAAAAUGCAAUUCCCACUGACCAGCAACCUGACUCGGCAGAACUGCUACAUUUAGAAGAUGUCUGUCAACAAAUGGGGCCAAUCAUUGAUGAGAAGCUUGAAGAGAUAGACAGGAAGCAUUCUGAGCUGUCGGAGCUGAAUUUGAAAGUUUUAGAAGCCCUGGAGCUGUACAACAAAUUGAUGAAUGACGUGCCUAUGUACUCCUCCAUGUAUUCCAAGCCUCAGUCCCAGUCCCAAGCUCAGGCUUACUAUACACAACAGUCAGCUGCUGUUCCUAUGCAGGUGUAUCCAGGACAGACACAGAGUGGGGCAUAUAUGCCAGCGGGCAUCUCGCAGGUGACAGCCAGCCAGGGCUACAGUUUAGGACCUGAACAGAUUGGUCCACUGAGGUCUCUGCCUCGGACUAUAAACUCAGCCAGUGCAACCCAGAGCAGCCAGAUGCCCUACAUGAGCACUGGACCGCCACAAGCCUACAUGACCCAAGCAGCAAGCCUUCAGGUGACGACUGGACCAGCUGCUCCCUACACAGCGCAAGCAGGACUGAAUAACGACAUGUCCGUCUAUCAGAACACUACUGUCAGUGGACCUCCUGCUGCUGGCUACCCCAUGGUCUCCCAAGCCCAGCAUAUUCCUCAGCACCACUCUAACUAUUUUCAGCAGCCUCUGCUUUAAGAGAAGUGCAGCUCAUGUGAGCCUUUCAGCAGGUGAUCUGGUUUCCGUGUUAUUGUGCUAGAUACUGCCCUGCUGAGAUGUUGCCACACAAUGGGGCUACUAUACCAGUAAGUAGGGAUCCCCUAUAUUGGGCAUUUACUGUAGGCAGUAAUGUUUCUGCCUCCCUCUUUAAUGAAAAGUAAUACUAAUUUUUUUGUAAUCUUUAGAUGUAUUUCUCCACUCUACAUAUUGUUUAAUGUGAUUGCACGGUGGUCUUACUCCCUCUGCUAUUCACACAAUUGGCAGCUCUGGUUAGUUGCCAUUUGCUGUAAAUUGUGGAAGCACUAUGCCCUCUGUAAUUGAUUCCUAUUUCCCUAUAGCCUCAGUGGCAAUAUAAGAACUGCAAAAGAUCACAGUCCCAAACUACCCUUGUGCAGUCCUGCUGCGGUCUCUGAGCCAGAUGAGGGUAAGCGCAAAGUUUUCUUGGUAAUCUGAACUCGAACUCAACUGGACAGAGGCUGCUAUUGGCUGCAGUACUCUUGGGUGAUGGAAAUGGCCAGGGUUCAAGUCAAAAGAAAAUGCACAAUCUUGCAGGGCUACCCGAAGGAAUUUGUAUAAAUGCUCAUUGUUUCAAUGCCUGCCUCAAACCAGAGCUAGGAAUGAUGUGGCGUUUUGUUUUGGAACCUAGUCUAGGUGUCCACAUGAAGAGACAGCACUUGACAGAAAUAUGUAUCACUGCCCAAACCUGCUGAAGGGUAUGACCAGGGCAAGGCUCUAGUUUAUCCUGGUCUUCAGGUUUCCAGUUUUGGCUGUGCCCUUAUGGUUCACCCAUAGUUUUACUCUCACUUCUCAAGCUGAUCAGGCCAGAAAACCAAGUGAAGGUGUUUGGAACACGAUUGAUCGUGGCAGGGCCUUCUGUGAAUGAAUUGAGAUUGAAAAGGUACCUGAAAGCAACACCAGAGGCUUUGAAAUAAUCAGUUCGGCCUGGUUUGUUUGAAGGAAAUGAGUAAAUCAAAAUGGUGUGGGGUCCUUAUUGGAGAAUUCACAGUGCGGAAAGCAAUCUAGGGGAUCAUUUGACAGUGUGGUGAGCAUAUAAAGAGUAUUGAGCUCUGUCAGGCUCCAGAGGCUCUUUAAGGCUUUACCAACUGAGUUAUCAGUCCUAGUUUCUGUAUUUUUUAUUUUGACCUGUCGCAUUCAUCCUCCAUUAGCAUAGGCAAUGCUAAUUUAGUUAUGUCUGACUUGGUACCAAUUUACUCAUACAGUGCACUCAUACAGUGAUCCAGAUUGCUGUGCUUUUUUUUUCAUUUUCAAGUAUCGUGGCAGCAUAAGUGAUUCUAUAGUUUGUUUCUCGACUGGCAGUGAUCGACAAGUUGCACUUUUCUUAUCAACAAAAACCUGUUGCAUGUUGCCCACACACUUUCAAACCUGACAAACUCUUACACAAUCCACCUUCUGGAAUUGAUCAGUUCUGGGAUAAUUCUCCCCUGACACUAAAGUUUCAAGAGAACCGUCCACAUUCCUUUGUUUUCCCAUUUUCACAUCUCCGUGUUUACUGAUGAUCAAAGUUAUAUUGGAAUUGUUUUAAUUCUGUAUCUGUUAACUCCUGCCCCCCCCAAAUUUGCAUGUCACUCAUUAACACUUGCUGAAUCUUUGCAGUGAGGGGUAGCGUUAUUAGUACGGGGGUUGGAGUUUGAGAUUAUAAGCUUUAGUCUUUAGAACGAUCACCGAGGGAGUGCAAUGCAGUGCUCGUAUCUUUUUAGUACCCUGAAGAAUGUACCCUGUCUUCACAUUGAGGGAUUGUAAUAGACUUUUAUAACACAGAUCCCAUACCCUUUAUCCCACAUCCUGUCUCCUUGCCACAUUUUGACUUAUUUUUAUGAAUAAAUGUUUUGAAGUAGGACUAGCUAAAAUGCAGAAUUUUUGUUGCAUUUAAUUACAAUCUUAUGUCCUUGCUCUUGGGACUUUGGAUAUCUGAUGAUUUACAAAAAGAAAUAUAGAUCAAUUGAGUUUUAAUGACUAAUUCCACACCAAAUUAGUGUAAGAUGUAAUACAAAUUAAUCAAGUAGCUAUUAUCCACUAAACCACUAAAAUUGAUUACUGCGUUAAUGGAAGUAUUGGGAAAGUGGCAGGGAGAGGAGGAGUGAAUGAUUGUUAGCAAUGAAGACAUGCUGCAUUUGUAAUGUUCUUCCUUCCAGAUGUUGGAAGUGUUUUUCUCUUUAACUGGAUCUGUGUGCAACUUUAGGUCUUGACAGUGUUGUAUGCAGAUCAGGUAAAGCUAGGUAAAGACUAGCCAAUGUCUGUGUCCAAACCGUUUUUAGUACUGAUUUUUAACCAGAUAUUCUGCUUUGCCCACCCAAAACUAAAAACAAGACAUUUAUGUUCAAUUACAAAUCUUUUUAUGAACCUCCUUUUUUGCCUUCUGAUUUGGCCACUGAAUCUUCAGUAAGCUGUCCCUCACAUAAACCCAUUCUAUAAUGUUUCUGCUUUUAACCAUUGCAGUUUUUCUCUUUCUCGGUUAAGGCUGCCAGCCAUGUAUUUGUGAUCAAUCCAGGGAAUGACCAACUCCCUUGAGAGGCUGAUUCUGUGUAGUCUGCAGAGCAGUUCCAUUCUGGCUGGAACCCAUCAGACUCAUGUACAAUCUGCUCUUCAUGAGGCACUUUAAUUCCAUUUAGUUUUGGCAUUUUCUUGCCACUUUGUUUUGUUUAUAUAGAAUUUACAACACUGCAACAGACCAUGUAACCCGAUUGAUCGUUGUUAGCACUUAAAACUCUGCAGGAUUCCUUUAUCAUCUUGUCCUUUUCUCCCUGAUUAUCCAAUUUUGCCUUAAAUUCACUCUUGGACUUCUGGGAGAUGUUUCUGUUGCACUCCCCUAAUUAGUGACUGUCUUGUAUAUAUGGACUUGCCCAGAAGAAACACCUAUUCUAUAAUCUAAUUUAUCAAGCAUUUCCUAAAUUUAAGAACUUCAGUGCUCCUACAACUUUGUAGAAUGUAGGUAGAGCUCAUGUGAGGUGGCUGUUUUGAUAGCCCUAAUAUUUACUUAAGUCCUCAAGGUACUGGAGAUUCUCUGGGAUUUUUGAGUUAUCAAGACUAGGCUGUAGCCUAUAUACACUCACAGCUCAGUAGCAAGAACAGGCUUGAAGGAAAGAGAUAUUAAGUCAUUUUAUUUUGCUGUUAAAUCUUUGCUCCCUUUUAUUUUAAGUUGAUUUUAUUUAUAUAAAUUACUUGUACUUAAUCAGCACAAUAAGAUGGAAACCAAUUUCUUCCUUUCCCUCCUGACCCCUGAAUAAAUUCUAUCAUACUAUAUGUUGAACAGAUUGUUUAUAGUUGUACUUUACUUUAUUCCUCCCAUACUGAAAAAAAUCACUGGUUAGCAGUUUUGACUGGUUUCCCCACUCUCGACUUGCUUUUGUGUGUGAUGCUCGAUCAUUGUAAUUGGGAGUGUAGGAUUAAUCUUUUCCUUCAAGUUGUUUUUAUUUUGCAUCUAUCCGAGAACCUUUUUUAAUUUUAUUCUUUCUCCAUUGAGUGCUGUAAUAUAGAGAUGCAAGAUGUCAGCAAGAAUGAAACACAGUUUGCUUGUACUGAAUUUACUAGGCUUCAUUGCCUUCUGGGACUUUCAAGUAAUAAAGGAAUUAAUUUUUGUUUAAAA